CUUUGGUCCUCCCCCCUUCGAACUGAGUUUGCACUCCCUUCAAACUCCUGUCAUCAGGUGCUCUAACAAAAUGAUCAUUAUUCCUGUCCAACCCACCCAGUCUCUUUCCGAUACUCCUUCCUUUCAGCUCCGGGAUAUUCCUUUUGAAUGUUCCAAUCCGACAUAUGGGAGUUGCACCUUCUAUGCUGAUUGUCUCGAGAGUCGUUACCAUUGUGGUCAAUCGGGCUACCCGAUUGGAUAUGGCCAACACUACUGUGAAGCCUUCACGGCGGCAGGGUCAAAGUUUAGUUUGCAGGGACAGGAGUGGUUGGCACACACCAUGCAUUGCCUACAGGCCGCACUGGUGCCUGAAGCGACAGGUGAAGAUGAGGCAACAUGCAACGCGCUAGCCGACAAGGCUUUCGCAACCCAUGCAGCUUGCUAUGUCAACAAUGGUUUGUGUGAACUGUUCCCAACGGAUUGGGCAGAGAUCGUGACCAUUGUAGGGUGGACACUCUUCAAGAGCUGGGAUGCGACUAAGAGCACUUUCCAGGCGGCGGGAAAUUGUGCAGCCCUCGCGGCGUGGAUCCUACUCUGCACCACGCUAAAUAACCGGAAUUUAUGUCCCAGUGGGUUCGAUUGACAUGUGGCUGAAUUGUAGCAUUGCAUGAUUUGCUUGGAGGCUUGAAACCAGGCUAAUUGCAAUAUGAUCUUAUUGCUCUCGGAAUUGGAAAGCACGUCGAUGGACGUCAAAUCUUGGUCGAACUAGUCGCCGUUGAAGAUGAACACGCUACGAGUGCCCUUCAACAAGUAUGCCUUACCCCGUAUUAUUUAAUUUCGACUGUUUUCAGUUCUUUACGCACUUCUGUUAUCGAUUGCCUUGCUCUGUAUUUCUGUAUCACAUGUACUUGAACUUCCCAGACUACUAUGUCAGAAUUUGCGACUUUUGAUUUUUUUGUCUUC